GACCCAGACUUUUAUAUUUUUCCUUUUCCUUUUCCUUUUCUUCUUUUCUUUCUCUUCACAUACGUAAGAUCAGUACUUUGACUGUUCAAGAUAUUCUGGGACCUUCAUACAAGAGGUCAAGAUGACAGCCGAAAAAAUUCUAGAGCUAAAAGUUCGUCCAUAUCAAGCCCAAUCUCAAGAAAGGCCGGAUUUCAGAAAUGUAGCACGUGUAUAUGUUUGUACAGACGUUCUUUUGGAUCUCCAAGUUAAGAAUGGAGAAACAUGCUAUCUUUGGAAAAGCUCUGAGGGCGAACAUACAAGAAGAGAGGCGGUAAUUUGGUUGGCCACAGAAAAAUUAAGUAGGAAAGUUGUGCAAGUCAGCAAGGCUUUCCAAGAGGCAUGUGGGUUCAAAUUAAGCGACGAUGUGAUUGUUGCUAGAGGAGCAAAGCUGGAAGUUGCGAAGGAAAUUCUAAUCAAGGACGUCGGCAUGGUUGAAGGGGUUAUGCGAGAAUUGACAGGAGACGCUGAGGUUGCCUGGAAGUUUGUUCUAGAUGAUCUCUUAGCUCGAGCUGAGUUGGUUUACCCUGGCAUGACCUUCAGAGAUGUGAUGCUCAGGAGAGAAAGGCGAACCUUUGAAGUCUUCUCUAUCGACGGCUCGAAAUCUGGUGUUGCUGCCUUUCACGAAGGGGUAUCAUCUUUUAAAAUUGGAACGAUUGCAGAAAUCAGUGGAGCCAUGUUAGCUGCAAGCAAUGUUGAGCAAAAGCCUCUUCAAGUCGUUGAUAUUGCAGGCAUUGACCAAGCACUUGGAAAACUUAACAAAUUCCUGAGCAAUUUUAACCGUCAAUUCUAUUUUACUAAAGUUCGUAGAUCACCAGCUGUUCUUUUACAUGGUGGAAGUGGAACAGGCAAGACUUUCGUCCUAGAUAAAAUUGCCAGCACAGAAUGGGGCAAGGUUCGCAAAAUUGACCGGAAAACCAAACCAUCUGAAGUCCAGAAAAUUUUCAAGGAUGCAAAAGUCAAUCAGCCAAGUAUCAUAAUCAUAGAUGAUAUUGAAUCUGUGGUCGCAAAAGGUGGCGAACCAUUACUCGAUAUGACAGAUGCUAUUUGUGAGGGAUUAGAGGAUCUUAUGAAAGAUCAUCCCUCGGAUUCUUUGCCACAAGUUCUGGUGGCAGCUUCGACAUCUGACAUGCUUAAACUACCAGCUUCAUUACGGAAACGAGGCAGGUUCACUACAGCUAUUGCUUUACCUGUUCCAGAUGCAGCUGCUCGGAAAGCUAUUCUCAAAUCUUUGGAUCCACAAAUGUGCCCUGAAACUCGUGAUGAGAUUCUUGAUGAUCUCGGGGAACGAACACAUGCAUAUACACCUGAGGAUCUCUCUCGUUUAUUAGACGAAGCACAACUUUUUGCAGAAGAGAAGUUAGAUGAAGAUAAUGUGCCCCAGCAGAAUUUCGUCGUUAAAGAGGAUAUCGAACAUGCACUUCUGGAGGUUAGACCAAGUGCAAUGCAUGAUAUUACUUUAAGACCACCAAAGGUCAAGUGGAGUGAUAUUGGAGGGCAGGACAAAGUCAAAGAAGCUAUUCAGCUUGCGAUUGAAACACCUUUCCUCCACCAAGAGAUUAUGCAAGACUUUGGCCGUUCACCAACAAAAGGUCUGCUCCUCUAUGGACCUCCCGGAUGUUCCAAAACACUCACCGCUCAAGCCGUUGCUACCGAAAUGGGUUUCAAUUUCUUUGCCGUCAAAGGAGCCGAACUGCUCUCCAAGUAUGUCGGUGACUCUGAACGAGCCGUUCGAAAUGUCUUUUCUCGUGCACGAGCUGCAGCUCCAAGUAUCAUCUUCUUUGACGAAAUUGAAUCGAUUGGUAGCAAAAGAGACGGAAAGAAUUCGAAUAACGGAGUCAAUGUUCUCACCACUUUACUUAACGAAAUGGACGGAAUUGAGAGUUUAAAGGGUGUUACUGUACUAGCAGCAACCAAUAAACCACAAGAUCUAGACCUGGCUCUCUUGAGACCAGGUCGCUUCGACGAACUUAUUUAUGUUGCGCCACCAGAUUUUGCUGGCAGAGAAGCUAUUAUCCGUGCUAGACAACGUAAAACUACUAUGGGAGAAGAUGUUGACGUAGCCGAACUUGCUCGCCUAACAGAGGGUUAUUCAGGGGCUGAAAUGGUCAGUAUCUGCCAGAAAGCCUUCGAUAAGGCCAUCGAAAGACGUAAAAAGUGUGGAACAAUGGAACCAGCGGUUAUGGACGAUUUCCUCGCGGCAAUGAACAAGAUUAAGAGGCAAAUAACUCCGGAGAUGGUGGCGGAAUUUGAGAGGUGGGCCAGGGGAGAAUAGUAGUGACAUUGGAGUUUUUGCUGUACAAUUAAUCGUGGAACAAUGAGAGCACGCUUUGUCAAGAGGGGAAAUUUAGAUUUUCAGGCUCUUUUGAAUGUACGAUUAAAAAUGGAAUAACAAGAAACGCGGGCGAUUCUUUUGCAACAUAAUUCUAUUCGAGCGUUACUGCUCAUACAAAUCGACAGGCACCUUCCUUCAACAAUCAACGAUUCAGACAUUAAAAAUCUCUAAUAAGAUGAGAACGCUAUCGUUUCCGGGCCUUUUUUUCUUCUUCCGUCAUGGUAGCUUUCAAUCCUUGAGGGGAGAAUGUAAAAUCUUACGAAACUCUAGUAGAUACUAAAUUGAUACAUGUGUAAGAGGUCGUCGGAGAAAUUUUUGUGACUUUUACUACUUGGUGUCAUGUUACACUUCUCUCACAUGCUAAAGAUUAAACUUAUUGAAAUGGUUGGGGGAAAAAGUAUAUUCUACCAAAACAAAAUCAUCUUUACAAAAACUCAAAAUUUUAUACUUUGUUGCAAUUCCAGCCGCAUACAUGUGCACCGUACCACAUUUGUAUGUCACGUCAAAUAAGGGAUCAUGUAAUGUGUUCAUGCUA